AUGGCUGAGUAUCUCGAAGCCCAGGCUGCAACGCACAAGCGCUCAGUGAAGGCUCUUUCGUUCAAGUUGUCGGACCGCGUCGCAAAGCUGAGCAUGGAGAAUUUCCCUGAGGACCUCCUGCCAUCUGAGGAAGGCCUGGCUACCUUCGAGGAAAGGGGCCGCGUGGCCAAAGAUAAGGGCCGCCCAUGCGUGGGGAGCGCUGAUGGCGAGGAUCUCCAGAAGCAUUUCCGCCCCGCUUGGUCGAAGAUGCCGCGCAUUGAUGUCCCCGCUGGCGAAGGCAGCGUUGCUGAGCGGCACCGCCAGAUGGUGGAUUUCAAGCGCGCCAAGGCCAGCGGGGAGCUGGAGUAUCCUGGGUACGCGUCCUUCCAGUCGCACCUGAUGGAUUGGGGUACUAAACUGAUCCUCAUGAAGGUUGCGACGCCCGUGGACAUCCUGGGUUACACGGGCCUCCUGAGCAAAAUGGCCGAGGAGAAUGGGGGCGUCCGGACGGCGUACCAGUGCGACCUGCUCAACCGGACCGCCAUGGCCAAAGCUUUGGAGAAGGGCGAUGCUGGGUGGAAGCGCUUAUUCUCCAAAGUCGACAUGGACAGGCUCCGCGAGGCCAAAGACAAGGUCACGAGCAGGGCGGCCGAAGCAGCGAAAGCAGCUUCUGCGAGGGGUUCUGGUGCGGCCAAGGGCAGCAGCGGCGGCAAGGGCGGCGGCAAGGCCCCGAGGUCUCUUUCACCAAAGGCGCCGCCGCGCUCGCGCAGCCCCCGGGACAGUGGCUGGAAGCAGAGCUCGAGCUGGAAGCAGGACAGCUGGCACCAGAACGCCUGGUCGAAGAAGAAGUGA